GAGUUACUUUUAAGCAGCUUCAAGUGUUGCCAUCUUUCGUUUAUUUAACGUAAUGAAAAAAUAUAUUCUAAUCGAUAAAUCAUGUAACUAUUUCGUGAAUUUUUAAAUAUUUUUAUAAAUUGAUUAUAUAUGUUUCAAUUAUUUAUAUAUUUGUUAUGUAUUAUAUGUAUUAUAUUGUAAAAAUAAUCUAAUCUCUAUAAAUAUAACAUAACCUCUGAAUGUAAACUAUAAAUUGAUUGUUGUGAUACAUGAGUCAAGAUUCAUUAUCAAUAAAUCAUUUUUAAAUAAAAAUUUUAGUAAAAUAAAGUAAUAUAUAUUGUAUUACAAUUUUAUAUUGUUACUUCGUGUGUAGUAUUAUUACUUGCGUGUAUUAUUUAAUGUUAUAUUAGAAAGUUAGAAAGUAUUCUUUAAAAAAAUAAGAUUUUAAUUCAUAAUAAUUAAAUAAUAAGUAAAUAAUUCCAUCAUUAUUUUUUGUUUAAAAAUAUCCUAAAAAAUCAUUUUAAUUUUAAAAAAUAAUGGAUUUAUUAAGUGCAAAAAAUAGUAGAAUUCCUUUUAUAUCAGGAACAAAACCUUCAUUAAAAAAUUCACAACUACUUAUUUCAAGUGGAAUUCCUUCUUUAGAUUAUAUAAUAGGUGGUGGAUUACCUAUUGGUUCUUUAUUUCUUAUCGAGGAAGAUCGAUAUGGUACAUAUGCAAAAGUUAUGUUACAAUAUUUUAUGGCUGAAAGUGUAGUUACUGCACAACCAUUAUUAAUUGGAUCUAAAGAUAUUAAAACAUCUCAUCUUGUGUCAGAGAUGCCAGCUGUUAUAACAGAUACUAAAUUAAUUGAUGAACCUCCUAAUUCUGAUGAACAAAUGAAAAUUGCUUGGAGAUAUCAAAAUAUGAAAGUAAUUGAUCCUUCUCCAAUUGGAGGACAAUUUUUUGGUCAUUUUUAUGAUCUUACAAAAACAAUGGAAAAAGAAGUAAUUGAAAAAGCAGAUAUAACACAAUGGUACGAUGAUAGUUGUCCUAUAAAAGAUAAAAUCUUUAACAAUACAACAUAUACAAAUUUAUUAAAGUGUAUCCAAGAGACUCUGAAGAAAGGACAAUACUCAGUUUUAGAAACCCCUGAAAAAAGACAAGUUUUAAGAAUUGCAAUUCAUUCAUUAGGAUCUAGAUUAUGGUGGAGUGAUUCUGAAGAUGAAUCGCAUCAAGACUUGUUAAAAUUUUUAUAUUAUUUUAGAGCAAUCUUAAGAUAUUCUUAUGCAGUUGGUGUGAUAACAGUACCUACAGAAUAUUUUGAUAAAUCCGAUAGUAUUGUGCAACAAGUUGAACAUUUAUCGGAUAUUGCAAUUAGAUUAGAAUCAUUUGCGGGCUCACAAAAGGAAACGAAUCCACUUUUUAAAGACUAUCAUGGUUUACUACAUCUUCAAAAAAUGCUUACUUUAAAUACCAUAGCACCACAUAAUCCAGAUUCACGAGAUCUUGCAUUUAAAUUACGCCGUAAAAAAUUUGUUAUUGAAGUAUUACAUUUACCACCUGAAUUGGGAGAUACUACUCAACGGGAACAAGAUGAAACAAUACCCCAAUUUGGAUGUUCGAGUCAAUCAAAUAAGAAUUUAGACUUUUAAAAAAAAUAUGAUAUACAUUUAACAAAUUUUUAUUUUUUAUGUAAUUUAUUAAAUCUUAAAUUACAUAUUUUUAAAAUAA